AUGCCAACCGCUGUCCUACAAGAAUAUGCCCUUGGUUAUGAACUGCCACGAUGGGUUCACGAGCACGAUGCACUCAAGAUCGUCUCACAGGAGUGUGCAAAUAUUGGUGGCUUGGUGAAUGACGUCCUGUCCCUACAAAAGGAAUUUUGUGAUGAACAAAUUGAGAACAUUGUGUUGUUGUUUGCGUAUCACUACAACCUUAGCCUGGAAAACGCCAUUAAGAAAGCUCUCGAAACAAUCAAGGAGCGCUUUGCGCUUUGCACAGCAGCUGAAGCCAGUCUGCCAAUUCCAUCCGGUGAUUCUAAGCUCGACGCAGAUAUAUUGAAGUAUGUUGAGGGUUGCAAGGAUGUUGUUGUUGGUACAGUGUAUUGGGCUUACCACUGCGAAAGAUAUUUCAAGAAAGCACAGGUUAAUAGUGACCUAGAGCUUCAGCUUAAUCUGUUUGUCGACUAA